ACACCUGCGCACAGUACCGCAAAAGACCAGGGAAGACAAGUAAAAAGGAGACAGGAAAACAACACGCGAAAGAAAGGAAUGUGUAUUAAGCAACAAAACGAAUUAUAGUCGCUGAACACUUACUCAGCGAACCAACGAACUAUACACAGCCUCUUGGCUCGUGAAUUUGUAUAAGAAUUUGCCAAACACGGUUUGGCGAGCUAGCUAACGUCGUUAACAACAAGUAUUCUUCCUACGCGUUAGCAACGCAGCUAGCUAGCUACCAAGAGGAUACGCGUGUGUGACCCAGACAAGAGCCGAGAAAACACGUAUUUUGGACACACCAUGAAUCCUGAAUAUGACUACCUGUUCAAGCUGCUUCUGAUCGGCGAUUCAGGGGUGGGCAAGUCUUGCCUCCUGCUUCGAUUUGCGGAUGACACCUACACGGAAAGUUACAUAAGCACCAUCGGUGUGGACUUCAAAAUCCGAACUAUUGAAUUGGACGGCAAGACUAUCAAACUACAGAUUUGGGACACUGCUGGUCAGGAGCGGUUUCGCACCAUCACCUCCAGCUAUUACAGAGGAGCCCAUGGUAUCAUCGUUGUCUAUGAUGUAACAGAUCAGGAGUCUUACAACAAUAUAAAGCAGUGGCUGCAGGAAAUCGACCGCUAUGCCAGCGAAAAUGUCAACAAGCUGCUGGUGGGUAACAAGUGUGACCUCACCACCAAGAAAGUAGUAGACUACACAACAGCCAAGGAAUUUGCUGACUCCCUGUCCAUCCCCUUCCUCGAGACCAGUGCUAAGAACGCAACCAACGUGGAGCAAUCCUUUAUGACCAUGGCGGCUGAGAUUAAGAAGCGCAUGGGGCCCGGGGCCACGACAGGAGGAGACAAACCCAACCUGAAGAUUGAUAGCACCCCAGUAAGGCAGUCUGGAGGAGGAUGCUGUUAGGACUGCCCUGUACCCUCCACUCAACUCCAGAGGCCCAGGGGUAGAGUGACAGUACUGGGGUGGAGCUGAGAGAACAGGAAAAUAUGGUGAUGGAGGUGGUGGGAUCUUCAAGAACUGACUGACAUUUUUUUCAUUAUUUUUUUCUUCUCAUCUUGACCUAUGCCAAUAAUUAAGUGAGAAAGGUUUGUGCCCAAGGAGCAGUCCCCCCCCCACACACUCUUUUUUUAUUCACAAAUAUGCACAGAAUUGGAAACAUCUUUGAAAAUUGUGGUUGGCGUUGUUAGGCAUGAAAAAUGUUUUUAGCUAUUCAAGCACUAAUCCAGUAUCUAUCUGUAGCACUGGCUGUUUAAACACACACACGUGGUCCAAGGAAAUCAUGGAUGUUCUUUCAACUAUGGCUGAGUACAUAACUACCCUUUAUGGCCUUUGUGGUUCCUAGUCAGACUGCUGAUCGUUGAAUGUGAGAAGGUGAAAUAAGAGGACCAUUGUGCCAGUUAAACCAGAGGUUUUAUGGACACAUUCCAGAGGAAAAAUAGUGAAGACGAGCGCUGUUUGUGUCAUCUGUCCUUUCGGGAAUUGAGAUUCAGAUUUGGAUGUUGUCAUUGGGCCCAAGCGCAUAAUAUAUAGGUUGUAAUAGGGUUGCUGUUGAGGAGAAAGAGAAGACUGGGUGAAGUAAAUAACAGGCUUUCUAUCAAAACAAAGUUCACAAAGUGGGGACAACAUGUCAAAUGGAAAUCUGUAAUCACGGCGUCCACAUCUUUAAUGUCUGUUUUAAUCGUCGUUAUAUAAUACUAUUAUUACAUGGUGGUUUUACUACUGUGAUUUUGUUUUGAUUCUCUCUUCUAAUCGAGACUGUGUGUAAGCAGUAAGUGUGUUAUUGCUGUUUGAUGAAUUAGAGCAUAACCGAAGUUCAACUGCAUUUGGUUCUUUCUGUCUGGAGUGGUAGUAAGUGUGUUAUUGUUUUGAUUCUCUCUUCUAAUCGAGACGGUGUGUAAGCAGUAAGUGUGUUAUUGUUCUGAUUCUCUCUUCUAAUCGAGACGGUGUGUAAGCAGUAAGUGUGUUAUUGUUUUGAUUCUCUCUUCUAAUCGAGACGGUGUGUAAGCAGUAAGUGUUUUAUUGUUCUGAUUCUCUCUUCUAAUCGAGACUGUGUGUAAGCAGUAAGUGUGUUAUUGCUGUUUGAUGAAUUAGAGCAUAACCGAAGUUCAACUGCAUUUGGUUCUUUCUGUCUGGAGUGGUAGCUGGCUGUAAGCAUCCGGUGUUUUCAGGCAUGUCCAAUCCUUUAGCGUUGAGUUUGAUCUCAAGUCACAAUGCUCCUGUACCAGUACCAUCAGACCUUUUACAUGCUCACUAUAAUACCGUAUGGACACCCUCUGGUUGAUAAGGUAACAUAUUAUUACAGUACUAACUCAACCAUGCCAUUAGUCACCAUGGUCCAGCAUUGCAACAAGGUUUGGAUAUUUGUUAGACAAUAUUUUGGGGAGAGUAUGGCACAUUACAUAGCCUGCCACAGUUGUUUUCACAUUUAACUGCUUCCUCAAACUUUGUUUCGGAUAUGUCUAUUCUAAUGACAUGUUCGGGGGAAAGAGAGAGAAUGGACCUCGGAGGAAAAUAAAUCACCAGCGUCUCAAAUUAGUAUGGGAUUUCAAGCAAGAGGAACACUUGCUUUCCUGAGUAAAUACUGUAGAGCUGAUGACUGUCUGGGAAUUCCACUUUCUUAAGCAUCACCGUUGAUAUCCUUGCCUUUUUGAUGAAGAAGUAUCUUGCGAUUGGUUGGUAAACACACAAAGGUUGCUGGGUUUUUCCAUUUAGUGAAAUUUGACCCAUUUAAAUAGUUGGCUUCCUUAAUAUAUUCUCUCUGGUUUACAUUUCCCCUUUAAAUGACAAAUAAUGAUUUCUAAUCCACUAAUUCAAUCAUUUGGCUUUUGGUCAGGGAAGCGAUAUAAUGGAAAGAUUGCGGCACGAUGGUUAUUUCUUCUUUGCUGUGGACGAUGUAACAUGCUCUUAAUGCCCAGAUAAUAUUGGGAGUCCAUAGUAAUAAAGUAUAUUGUUAUUAUUGCCA